AGUUCCAUGUGUUAAUCGCCAUUACUUUCUACAUGUGCUUUGAUUGUGCAAGAGUUAAACCAUAUUUUAUUAACUUCUGUCAAAAGGUGUGAAGACGGUUUAUUGCCCUGUUGUGGGCUAAAGACAACAGGCAUGUCGCGAAGAAAGGACAAGAGUACUGAGGAUAAUGACAGACUUACUCGUAUUGCCAUUGUUAGUACUGACAAAUGUAAACCUAAGAAAUGUCGACAGGAGUGUAAGAAGUCAUGUCCGGUUGUUAGGAUGGGUAAACUUUGUAUAGAAGUGUCACCCACAGAUAAAAUAGCAUUUAUUUCUGAAGAAUUGUGUAUCGGAUGUGGUAUAUGUUCUAAGAAAUGUCCCUUUGAGGCUAUCAGUAUAAUUAAUUUACCCAGUAAUCUGGAGAAGGAGACAACUCAUCGUUACAGUGCCAACUCAUUUAAACUUCACAGACUCCCCAUUCCUCGUCCAGGUGAAGUGCUUGGACUUGUCGGGACCAAUGGAAUUGGCAAGUCUACUGCGCUCAAGAUACUAGCUGGCAAACAGAAACCAAACCUGGGACGCUUCAAGGAUCCGCCCGACUGGACAGAGAUUCUGACAUACUUUCGAGGCUCUGAGCUGCAGAACUAUUUCACAAAAAUCCUAGAGGAUGAUCUGAAAGCACUUAUCAAACCCCAGUAUGUUGAUCAGAUUCCAAAGGCUGUCAAGGGUUCUGUACAAAGUAUUCUCGACAGGAAAGAUGAAAGGGGUGUACAGGACCAGAUUUGCAAACAGCUGGAUCUGAUCAAUGUAAAAGACCGAAAUGUGGAAGAUUUAUCUGGAGGCGAAUUACAAAGAUUUGCUAUUGCCAUUGUAUGUGUACAGCAAGCCGAUAUAUUUAUGUUUGAUGAACCCUCCAGUUACCUUGACGUGAAACAGAGGUUGAAGGCCGCCCAGGGCAUCCGUGGCCUGAUCACUGCGGAUCGUUAUAUCAUCGUUGUGGAGCACGAUCUGUCUGUACUCGACUACCUGUCUGACUUCAUCUGCUGUCUGUACGGUGUGCCGGGAGCCUACGGGGUGGUCACCAUGCCCUUCAGUGUUAGAGAAGGUAUCAACAUCUUUCUGGAUGGAUUUGUGCCGACAGAAAACUUGAGAUUUCGAGAAACCUCACUGACAUUCAAAGUUGCUGAAACAGCACUUGAAGAUGAAAUCAAACGAAUGUGUCGAUACGAGUACCCCAAGAUGAUGAAGAGAUUGGGUGAAUUUGAGUUGAAUGUUGACGCAGGUCAGUUUACAGACUCUGAGAUUGUUGUGCUUCUCGGCGAGAAUGGGACGGGGAAGACAACCUUCAUCCGAAUGCUUGCUGGGAAGCUGAAACCUGAUGCAGGAGGAUCCACACCCGUGUUAAAUGUCAGCUACAAGCCGCAGAAGAUCAGUCCGAAACACCUGGGCACAGUCCGACAGUUACUGCACGAGAAGAUUCGUGACGCGUACAUCCACCCGCAGUUUGUUACUGACGUCAUGAAACCUCUCGAUAUUGACAACAUCAUUGACCAAGAGGUUCAGAAUCUGUCUGGUGGUGAGUUGCAGCGUGUGGCAUUGACAUUGUGUCUGGGUAAACCUGCCGAUGUGUAUCUCAUCGAUGAACCCUCCGCCUACCUCGACUCCGAACAGCGUCUCCAUGCCGCCAAAGUCAUCAAGAGGUUCAUCCUGCAUGCUAAAAAGACUGCGUUUGUCGUGGAGCACGAUUUCAUCAUGGCUACAUAUUUGGCUGAUCGGGUCAUUGUGUUUGAGGGCAAUGCAUCCAUCAACACAAAAGCAAACACGCCCCAGAAUCUGUUGAAUGGGAUGAACAAGUUCUUGGAAUCACUGGACAUCACCUUCAGAAGAGAUCCAAACAACUUCCGACCAAGAAUUAACAAACUCAAUUCUGUGAAGGAUACUGAGCAGAAAAAGGGAGGGAAUUACUUUUUCCUAGAAGACUAAGAAGAGUUGCCUUAUUCCGAAAACAAGAACAUGUCCAAAGAAAAAAACGGCAGAUGUUGAAUUUCCGCUGCCAUCAGUAACAUUCAAAUUACUUCAUACAAACUGUCACUGCCAUUGGUCACAUACAAGCUGUUAACCAAUGCCACAAUAUUGGGUGGAAUGAAAUUGGCAAAAAGCUUGAUUCUGUUGCUGUGGUACAUAAAGAUCUUGAUAGUGAUGUUGCAAUAUAAGAUUACCAAGUAUUUAUUUUUCUUAAGAUCAUGUAUCUGUUUCUGCAGUUACUGAUGACCAAUGCUUUUUGGUUACAUUUGAUAUUUGUACUAUUGUGUGGCUGGGAAAUACAUGUUCAGGUUAUAUUUUUACUGUAGAAAUUUGUUAGUUUUAUUUUGAAAAUUAUUCCAUUUAUUAGGGUUGGGCUUCUUCAUUGUUCAUUAAAAGAAAUUUCACAAGACCAUGGACUGAGGUCUUAUAAAAUCAUUCCCAUCUGCAUAUAUUGUAAUUUUCUGCCCCAGCCAUCCACUUAAAAAAAAAAAAAAAAAAAAAUAAUAAUGGAAAAAAUGUAGUUCCACCUGAGAAAUAGUCACUUGGACAUGAGAAAAAUAAUUUGGAAUAAUGUUUUCUUGAUGUCAUUUAGUUCUAAAUUAUCUCCCUUGAAUGUUGUGCCCUUUUCAUUUUGCUGGCCAUGACCCUGACCGUAGCUAAGCCAUAAUCAAAAUAUAGAACAAUCUAUAUAGGCCCUUGUAUUUAUCCACCUCACUCACCUGGUUUUUUUUUUUUUUAUUUUUUUUAUUUUUUUUUUUUUUUUACCUCUGUAUUCUGUCGGGGUGGGGUAGGGAGUUUUGUCGAGGAUGUGUGCUUCUAAUUCUCUUAAACCAAGUAUGACAUUUACUAUGUAUGUUAUUCUCAGGUGUUUUGUAUUAAUUGAUACUGCCCAUAUCACUACAUCGCUGUUGUAUAAUUUGAGUAAAUACUAUUCUGCCAAACCACGUAUGAUUUUAAAUAAUAAUGUUCAUCUUUAUUUAUCUGUCAUUUUGAUGUCGAUGCCAGGAAUGAGUUUUAGGUUUAGGACCCUAUGUCACAUUUUUAUCACUUUUACUUGCCUGAUAAAUAAAUUUCUUGCCUUUUUUUUUUUUAUCUUGUGCUAAAUUCUGUUACCGUUAUGUGUUUUUAUUUUUUAUUGAUGAGAGUAGGCCCGUAAAAUAAAAAAUGUAUUUAUUAUUUUUGUCCUCACUAUAUAAAUACGGUUUAAAAUAUGGGUUGUGCACCCCCUCCCCACCAAAUUCCUGAUAUCGUUCCUAUGGGUGUGGAGGGUCAUGGAAAUUUAGAGGGGGAGUGGUCUUAAUAUUAUUUUUUUUUUACAAGGUGGGGGGUUAAAUCUAGAUAAUGUGCCUAUUUGUUUUGUCAUACAUAAAUAUUUAAUGCACUAUUUAGGUUCAUUUAUAAUAAUUAUUCUUUCACUAGGUAAUCGCAUCACAUAUUGCAACAAAUUAAAAACAAACAAACCCACCCCAAAACAAACAAUUCUUGCUUUUGUCAUAUUUAGAGGGUGUAGAAAACAAGACAGUUUUAAAAUUUGUUUUCAAUAGUACCAACUUUACAUUGAGAGGACAUUAAAAAGUUCUCACAAUAUUAUCAGUGUUGUAGGUUUGAGGUAUGAAAUGAUCUCUACUGCUGGGCUUAAAACCUUAAGUUUUUUAUGAUGAAGAGACCAUUAUUGUGUGCUACAUGUAUUUACAUGUAUAUAAGAAUUCUUAUUAUAUUGUACAGCUAUUUGUUUCGUACAGCCAUGUUAUGUAUGUACAUCUGUUGACGCUCAUAUCUGGCUGCUUUGUACAUGCCUAUUAAACAUUUUAAAAUAC